CAGGAGACAAGUAAGUCCAUGGAUUCCACCAUGGCUACUCCCAUAGCUUCCUCCGUGGCUCCACCGAUGGCUUCUUCCGUGGCUCUCCCCAAAGCUUCUCGUUCCGACGGUAUAUGCAGCAGCAAAACCGAUAGCAGUGGAGUUUUCACUGAAGAAUGUGCCUCGCGGUCUUCUUGCCGUUUAGAACAUUCCUUUAAAGGCAUUAAGGAUCCUCGGAAAGUCACUCUCGGAGACGACAUUCAUGAUUGGGGCAGCCCUGCCUUCAUUGCCUACAGCGAUCUCUUUGAUCCAGCAAAUGACUACGUUGUGGACGACGCCAUUAAUGCCCGCAUCACUGUCGAGAUCAUCGAAUCAUUUAACCAGUCAACCACGAAGACAACCAAUGGUUAUGAAGAUGGCUGCACCAGCGGCAGUACCAAUAACCUAGCUGUGGUAAGUUGGAGUCUAACUGCUGUACUGAGCGCCGCCGAGUGUUCCAAACCCGAAAGAAAAACUGAAAAUACGUUUAAAUGA